AGAGCUGUAAAAUGGGAGACGUUACUCGUCCCCUAUCCAGGGACGAACAAAUAGAAAAGUUGAGACUCGUCCUGGCAGGUGGACCGGGGAUAUCCGUCCCGGAAACUAUUUUCCUGCACGGACUAGGCGCGACAGGCAAGACCCGUGUUAUAAAAUGGGUUCUUGAAACGGAGCAGAUUCAGCACGCUGUAUUCCACUGCGUAGAGAUGUACAAUGUCAGAUUGAUGCUUGAAUCCCUUGUGGUCCAACUAACUGGAGAAGAAUCAAGAAAAUGUGAAAAUAUUUCAGAAUUCAUUUCAUUUCUUGGUCAGGAGCUAAACCCUAAACAGGUUUACGUGAUAUUGUUUGAAGAAUCAGAAAGGUUUCGGGACGCGGACUCACAUUUAAAACACGUAUUCUGUAGACUACAGGAGUUAACUGGACUAAAUAUUUGUUGUAUCUUCGAAUCAAGAAUAGAUUGGACACGGUUUCUCCCAAAUAGAGGACUACCCUACCCAUACAUUAUUCAUUUUCCUCAGUACAAAAAGGGUGAGAUGACGGAACUUUUAAUAUCCCAGCUUCCCGGGGAGAAAAGUUGGGAGUUUAAGAGAGACUUUAUAUCCCUGGUCCAAUCUAUAUUCUUUAUGGUUGCAAGAUCGUUUACUGAGCUCUCUUUUAGAUCGUUUACUGAGCUCUCCCAUAUUGCUGGACUACACUACAGCGAAUACUGCAGACCGGUCGACUCAGGAGAAUGCAAGGAAACUGAUACUAAGAAAUUAUGGUUCAAUAUCGACAAGGAUUUAAAGAAAUGUCUGUCCGUUGUUCAUCUUCGUGAAGUUUCAAGUCAACAACUUCGGGAACUACAGAAACAGAAGGAAGAACAAGAGGAGCAGGAUACAGGUGUUGGUGGAGUAAUAGCCUUAAAUCCCACCCGGCUGAGUGUGGAGCUACCGUUCUACAGCAAGUUCCUCUUGAUCUCCGCCUACCUCGCCUCUUACAACCCCGCCAAGACGGAUAAACGGUUCUUUGUCAAACAUCAUGGAAAACAAAGGAAAACAUCACAGUCGAUAAAAGCUAAGGAAAAGUUUAAUAGCCAGUUGACCGGUCCUAAACAGUUCCCAUUGGAGCGUAUGCUCGCUAUAUUCUACAAUGUUAUUGAGGAACGGGUGAAUCCAACAGCUAAUAUCUACACUCAAAUCUCCAGUCUUGUUCGACUACAGCUUAUCACAGCUGUUGGUACAGAUCAGAUGGACCAGCCUAAAUACAAGUGUAAUGUGACCCUGGAGUUUAUCAGAACCAUCUCAAAAUCUCUUCAGUUCGAGAUUCAGAAGUAUCUCUACAGCCAGUGAGAGCAUAUCUAACCUUAACCGGUUUUUAAAUGAAAACAAACAUUUUUAUGAGAAACAUGAUUUUUAAUUUUCAUUUAUGUUUUAAUCGCAAAUGACUCAGUGUUAUCUUUUAAUGGUCUUUCUCGAACUAAACUUUCCAAUUUUACUCAUAGAGAUUAAUAUAAUUCUUAUUUUUUACUACAUUUUAACUACAAGAUAGUUUUACAAGACAGUCGCAUUUUCAGAAAA